AUGGGAAGUCUACUUUUGCUGUGCUCUUGCCUAUUGGCAUCAUUGCAUUUUAUUGAGGCGGAAGUGGAUAUCAACUUUACUACGGCAAACCAGAUUCGCAAGAAUCUUAAUAGAACAACAUCACCGUGCUCGAAUUUCUGGAACUUCGCCUGCGGAGGCUUUGGCAAUGCCUCGGAGUACGUCGACAACUUUGAGUGGGUAGAGGAUCAGUUUGCGAGCGCCAUGGUUGAGUUAUUCGAGAGCCACUUGGGAGAGAACGACACCCAAGCACCGCGACUGAUCGGACAAAUGCGAUCAUAUUACAAAGCCUGUACGGAGGAUAUGCGAACGAUGAACGCAACCCAUGCUCCUGAGGAAGUUACAGAAUGGUCUACGGACCCUGUAAACUUCAUACAGCACGUCUUUUGUAGGAUAGUAUUUGAUGAGCGUAGUGGUGUGGCCAACAAUGACUCCAUGCACCAGGUUAUUCAGCUGCAGAUGCCUGACCCGAGUACCAGGUACAGUAGCCUCCGCGUGCUGCAGCUUCUGCAAUUGAAUACGUCGCUGCGUAAUCAUAAUGUUGUCAAACUGGUGAGGAAAUUGCAGCAACUGCGGGAUAGAUAUCGUGAAGAGAAUCCGGUUGUGUAUACCUGGACUUAUAGUGAACUCAGGCAACAGAUCCCCAAUGUUCCAUGGUGGCACUUAUGUAAUCAAUUUUUGGCUGGCCAAAACACCUCUAAGGAGUGCGAUCACUUGAGUUUCGAGGUCAGUGAUCGGGACUACAUCCGCGAAAGUAGUCAGUUCUUUCAUGAUUUUGAGGAUUAUAAUGCAAAACAUCUGUAUUUGCGAUUGCACCUCUAUGUUCUCCUGGAGGAAUCGCAACCUAGGGAGCGAAACCCAAAGACCUGCAUUCACCACAUGCGUGCUUUUCUCCCCCUGGGUGUGAACUAUAUGUACGAUCGGUUUGUGUACCAAAAUCGGGAGAAGGACACCUUUCAGCUGAUGGAGAUCUUGGCGAACGUAAAGGCCACCUUUGGCAAAUAUUUGGAGGCCAAUCGCCUGCAGCUCACGACCCAGCAACUGGCCUAUGUGAGAGCUAAGUUGGAGGGAAUGCAGCUGAAAGUGGGCAAUUUACCAGAGGAGAAGUCUCCAGAGUUCUACGACACCCAUUACGAGAGUGCCAAUUUUACAACGUCAAACUUCUAUGGCAAUCUCAUUCAGGCCUUGGCCCUACGAGCCCGUCUCCAACAUGCGGGACUGCCGAACCCGGGCUCCAGACUGGAUCUGCAGCGCUACUAUGUCAACGACAAUGUGAGGAAGGCCAGGACUUCGCCUUUCUAUGAAAACGAAAGGAACACCAUCACCGUGCCCAUGGAGUUCCUGCAAUGGCCCUUGUUCGAUCACCGCCAGCACAGCGUCUUCCAGCAGAGUCUGCUGGGAGCUGUACUGGCCCACGAGAUGAACCACGCCUUCGAGCAGGAAGGCAUACUCUUCGAUGCAGCCGGAAAUGAGUCCCCUGUGGGCUUGCAGAUCCGGGAGUCGCCUGCCUUCCGGGAUGCCAUCAGGUGUGCGGAGAGGAAGCCCUAUGUUUCCUUAAAAGAACGCCUGGCUGAUCUUAACGGUCUGCAGUUGGCCUACGACUCCUUCUUUGGUUUGGAUCAUGACUCCCGGAAGUUUGAGUACCGUCCGUACGCCUUUGAGGCGGAGUUCAGCGCCCCACAGCUGUUCCACCUGAGCUACGCCCAGUUCUUCUGCGGAUCCCUGCCGCCGGUGAUCGCCCACGAUCGGGAUGAUGAGCGUGUGAACGUGAGCGUUGGCAACUUGCGUCAGUUUGCCUACGACUUCAAGUGCGAGGAGAGUCACUUGCCCCCCUGCGAAAUGUGGCGCCCAAACGUGCAUCCAUAACAAUAAAAAGUAACACUAAAUGUAUGUUGCUCAAAUGGGGAAUUCCUCGAAAUUUGCAUUUCGAUUCUACAAAGCAUUUGGUUCUAGAAUAAAACGUUAUAAUACGAAGGAUAGCAAAAAUGUUCAGGGUACUUAAAGAGUACUAGUUCUUAUCUUUUGGUUGCAAUAAAUAUUUUAAAAAUAUUAAACUCUUUUUUAAUUGCUUAAAUUAUAUACAAAUAUUUAUUAUUUUAAAUGAGCAUUAAAAAAUGGUGAUGAUUGCAGUACUUUCGAACCCUAUGAUAAUAGCAUGGAAUGCGGUUGUCUUGCAGCUAGCACUUGGGUUUAACAAAUACUAAACAAAAUAUAUUUUAAAGGGCAGAUAGAAAUUGUUGA